AUGGCCUCCACUACCACCACCACCGCCACCACCGCGCCCACAAACUGCCGACUACUGACGCUACCGCCAGAGCUUCGCAAUAGGAUCUAUCGCUUCUGCACAGUUUACGACGACCCAGUCGUAGUAAUCGAAAGGCUGCCAUCGACUUACCAAUACCCCGACUUUCCAAUUCGUUGGAAACCCUACUACGUGCCCGCCCUCGCACUCACGAACUACCAAAUCCGCACCGAAGUCCUCUCAAUCUACUACUCCGCCAACACCUUUCAAGUCUUUUCCGUGAACAACUUCACGGGCCAAGAACUCUACGAGUGCAAAAUCAGUCUCCGUCGCGAGCGUCUCCGACAUUGGAUCAAACACAUUGGACCCUCGGUGAAGCAUCUUCAGAACAUAACUCUCGCCCUCCUCCCGACGCCAACGAACGAGUUCACGACCCAUGCGGUGAGCCGGGCCUACCAACUCACCGCGAGCAUCAAUGCCAAAGGACGCGUCGAAGUCGAGGUUCUGUACAUCCCGAAGAAUUAUCGACUAAUCAAAUUCCACUUGAUUUAUCCGAGGGCUUGUGUGUGUGGGAUUGAGGCGAGAGUCAAUCCGGGGAAGAGGAGUAAGAAGAGGAUGGACGGGAAGGCUUUGAUCGAGGCUGCAACGGAGUUUUAUGAGCAUUUCACGAAGUAUGGUAUGAGCGAGAGCACGGAGAUACUGCCUUCUCUUGACCUUCAAUCUCACACCAACAUCAACACCACGAAGUCACAUCAACACAACUUGCACAAGAUGGCCUCGGCCUCGACCGAUGCUGCGCAAAUGAAGUGCCACCUACUUGAUCUGUGCCCUGAGCUGCGCAACUACAUUUGGCGGCUCUGCACCGUCUUUGAGAAGCCUAUCCACGUUGUCCGAACACACGUCGACGACGACGGCCACAUCCCGGAUGAUGACGAGUACAAGCCUUACUUCGAACCGGCGCUUGCACGUACGAAUCAUCAAGUGCGCAGCGAGUGUCUGCCGAUCUUUUACUCCGAGAACAUCUUCCAGCUUGCUCACUUGUACGAGUUUGAGUCUCGGAAGGACCUCUCAUUCGUCCAUCACGACAACGCCAUCCAGCGUAUCACGCACUGGCGCAGGCAUCUCGGACCAUCCCUUCAGCACCUUCGGGAAGUGCGCCUGGACAGACCACCAACGCAGAUCUACGACGUAACUCACCUCCUGAGUGCGUCUGGCACACCGGCGAAUCGAGUCCACUACUUCAGCGCAAAGCUCCACAGCGAUGGUACUCUGAUCAUGGAGCUCCUCGCGCAUGACCGCAAGGUGACAGGAACCAUGGCGGUCACUCCAGUAUGUCUGUGCGGUCUGAAGAAGUUUGCGAGAGCUCGUGGGGUGGGAAAGAAACGCCCAAAUGGCAAAGUCGUAUUAGACUUGGCCUCAGAGGUCAGCGAACACUACGACAGCCGAAGCUGCGAGGUGAACUGCAAGUCAUGUGGUCUGGAAGUGAUCCACGCGUGGAUCGGAUGA